AUGGGUUUAUAUCCGCUCGCAGAGCAGCAGUCGCCGAACGCCGAACCAGCGCAUGUCGCGCCUCCGGGGGUGCUGAGGGAGCUGCACGUGCCGUCCGUCGAUACAGGUGGGCCGGUAAUAGCAUUACAGAUGCCGAAGUCGCUUUGGCAUCCCGAACCGCAGUGCCCGCUCGUAUCACCACAGUAUCCGUACUCGGAGCAGCAGUCGCCGAAGGCCGUGCCGAAGCAGAUUGUUCCGCCAUUAGCAGCACCACAGAGGCCAUCAGUGGAGAGAUUCGAUGUGCUAGUUGGGACGGUGGAGCUGGUGGUUGACGUCGUGAUGUCAGACACGGUGCCAGACGUGGUGCCCGUCAUCGUCACUUCAUUUGAAGCCAACACGAUCUCCGUGGUAUACGUUGACUUCGAGAUCUCGUCCAUGGUAGUCAUGAACGUCUCUGUUAAGCCUGGGCCCCACGGCUCGGGCGUGUAUAGGCCAGCAGUCCCUGUGCGCGUGCUGGUCUCUGUGCGCGUGCCGGUUUCCGUGCGGCUCGGGAGACUGGCCGUAUCGCUGAUGAGUUGGCGUCUGCGCAUCGGCAGUGAUGCUUUACUCAUCUCCUCGGAUCGUUUCUUGAGGAUGAAGUCGUAG